AUGGGCAGGAAGGGGAGGAAGACCCCGGCGACGGCUGCAAAGGCUGCACCAGCAGAGACCAACCCCUUUUUGGUGCUGGCGGAGCUGAGGGGAGAGGAGGACGCCCCCACAGAUGUUCCUGCUCCAACGGGGGGGAAUACACCUAUGGCCACACAACAACCGGGGGAUCCAGCAGCAGCAACAACAUCCCCCGCAGCGAACCCCAAUGGGAUUUCUUCCACACCCACGGCCACGNCCGUGGAAGGAGCGCCGGCGGCAGCAGCACUGCCGGGGGCACCAGAAGCAGCAGCACUGGACCCAACCCCACCCCCCGCAGCGAACCCCAAUGGGAUUUCUUCCACACCCACGGCCACGGCCGUGAAAGGAGCGCCGGCGGCAGCAGCACUGCCGGGGGCACCAGAAGCAGCAGCACUGGACCCAACCCCACCCCCCGCAGCGAACCCCAAUGGGAUUUCAUCCGCACCCACGGCCACGGCCGUGGAAGGAGCGCCGGCGACAGCAGCACUGCCGGGGGCACCAGAAGCAGUAGUACUGGACCUAACCCCACCCUCAGCGGCACCGGACCUCCAUAAGGGGAAAGCAUGCAAGCCCCGCAAGACCCAAGGAAUAAAGAAAAUCCGCAGGCCAGACCUGACGGGGGAAGCCAGGCGCACGUUCUUUCUGGCGCAAACAGCUGCAGCCCGAGCAGCCCGCAAACAAUCCGCAGAACUGGCCCAGCGAACUAAGGACCAGAAGCGGCUGAUCCAUAAAACGUCUGCAGCGGAGAGACGCAGCGAGCUUAUCCAGUCUGCCCGUAAGCAGAAGGCGAAAGCCGCGAGACCGCAAUCCAUACCGACCAAAAAGAUAAAGGCCGUCAGUGGCUUUUACGGAACAAAUGAAGGCUUGGCUUUCUACAGAGCCACACUAGAACUGGAACCGAUCGUGGUGACAGUCCGGUGGCCAGCGGGCUCAGAUACGGGCGACAUCAUCGCGCAAAUAUACGGUCCAUUAGGACUUCAAAUUCUGGCAACAAUUGGCCAAAUCUUCCGCAGCAACCAGGAGUUCAACCGUUGGGGAGGCCCUCGCAUUCAAAAACGGUUGCUUUAUCCGAUGGGAAGGGAACGGCACAUUGUGAUGGAACUCUCCAUCCUUGUGCCAAAAGGAGGUUUAGCAGCGUUGACAGCGACCAGGCGCAUCGUUAACGGGCGAUUGCGCGUGCCUGGGGUGCAAUUGACCCCGAACAUGGAGCCGAUGGAAGUGGAGCUGCUGGUGAAGAACCAGCAACAGGCUAAGCCCAUUGUGUGGGAGGCUGGCGAGUGGCCCCGUCUGGCGGGCGUGUACCGGGACGGCACGGUUGUAAUCCAGGAACGGUCCAUGGCCUCUUCCCUGUUUGAGACGUUGGAUGCCUACCUGAAGCAACACCGGAUGAGAUGCAAGGAGGUGUUUUCCCACUUCGACGGGGGCUCCAAGGGCUGGUUGUCCCGCGAGGAGCUCGGGCGGCUGGUGGAGCACUUCCUGCCGGGGGGCCAGGUGACGGCCGGCGACGUCAAGUACUUCCAGGCUCUGCUGGCAGAGUUCCCCCUUAAACUACUUUCCCCGAUCGAAACCGCCGAACCAGCCGCGACGUCGCCUUCACUCACUACCGCGCAUUUGCAACCCACGGAAAUGAUUACGCAAUUGUUAGAGCAGGGUCCGGCCAUCAGCGUUCCUCUGUACUUUGAUAGCAAAGCAGCGGUCAUCUGCUGGACGGGUUCAGAUUUGGCUGCCGCAUUCGCAAACACCACCGUCCAGCUUGCGUAUCUGGCAAACGAAAUCAACAUGACCGAAUCUGAUUGGUCACCAUACCCAACGCCAAUAACGCUGUGGCGGAACAUGACCGUGUCAGGAUUGUACUCCGAUGCCGACAGAUGGCCUUUGCUGGACCUGGGCUUUUACGUAGACAAGGUCAAACUGGGCCCGGGCAUAAUGCUCAAGUUCACACACCUAGCAGUGCAGAACUGGCGGAGGGGGGCGUACUUUCAGGCGCCUGGAUUCGACAUGCUAGCGAGCAGCGGGAGAACAGCUUCAGGGGCGGCAAGUGAAGGGGGAGAGGGGGGAGGAGAGGGAGGAGGAGGAGAACAACAGAGCAGCGCUCCAGGUCUGCUGCUUCUGGAUGACAUGGCUGUAGUGCAGCGAACAUGUCUGCCACUGUCCAUCACCACCGUCUCCACCUCCUCCCUCCCUCGACCACCCCAACUACCGGGCAACCAAUCCAACAACCGCUUCCCCCAAUCCCCCAACUGUGCGAACGGCAGUACGGCACCCGUCAUGCAGCGAUGUUGGGCCGCCGUGGGAACAUAUUGGGACUUGGCUAUGUUUGCGUACAACUUUGAUUCCCAUCUACAACCCGUUCCAGCGGGGUACAUGCUGUGGUUUCGGAACUGCCAUUACAAGUGCGCGACGGUGAUUUCGGAGGAGUGUGUGCAGUCGUAUGUCUCACCAGUCGCCUGCUACUACCACCUAUUCCCAUGGCCCUACAUCUCCGCCGCCGCCUCCGCCGCCUCGACCUCACCACCACCACCUUCUUCUGCUCCUCUUGAAGUGAAAAGUGCUAAAACUGACAGCGGCGGUAGCAGUGGUGGUGGUGGUCGUAGUGGUGGUGGUGGUGGCAGUUCGUCGAUGCUGGCGCCAUUGCUAGGGGGAGCUGCGAGCGUUUCGGCAUGUGGGCCGGAUGACCAAGAAGUGGAUGUCGCGUCGUCGACGGCGACGACGGCGGUUGGUGCGCCUGCUUUCGGCGGCGGCGGCGCAAGCGCGGGCGCAGCCACUGUCGUACAUGGUAGCGAACGAAGCGGCUCCAUGCCCUCCGUGCCGUUAUCUUCUCAGCUCCGUUGUACGGCAGUCGAGCUAGCGCUGCUGCCAGUGACCCCCCUGACGCCGCUACAGCCGGGCAUAAACCUAGACGCGCAUGCCGUAGGGGCUUCCGUACAGCUACUACCAGUGACGUUGGGAAAAGGCGCUUUUGGUGUUGUCGUAAAGGGGGUGUACGGCGGGGAGCAAGUGGCGGUCAAACUUCUCAAUACGGGACUGUUGACCGGUGCGACGGGGGUGGCGGCGCUUUCGGUGCUUGGGGGGGGACAAGGGGGGGAUGAGGGGGAGGGGAAGGGGGGAAAUCUGGGUUUGGUUUCGGAGGCGGAUCCGGCGAUGCGGGCGUGGCGGGCGUUUAUCCAGGAAGUGGAGGUUCUUGCGAGGUGUCAACAUCCCAACAUUGUACGGCUAAUGGCGGCAAGUCUCUUGCCUCCCCGAGUGUGCUUGGUGAUGGAGCUGAUGGACACGUCCCUGGAGAAGUUAUUGUACGGCGAUGUCAACCGACAACCGGGAUCUCAACUGCCACUGACAACGGUGCUCCACAUUGCAGUACAAGUAGCUCGGGCGUUGUCGUACUUGCACCCCACGGUCCUUCACCGAGAUCUCAAACCAGCCAACGUGCUCAUCUCUCACCCGUACAGCGACAAACCCGUGGCCAAGCUUGCGGAUUUCGGGCUGUCGAGGCUUCAAACUACCGUACAUGCAACCAAAAACGCAGAGAUCGGCACGGCGCCGUACAUUGCGCCGGAAUCAUUUGACAUGCAAAACCCCACCAUGACUGAUCGAGCGGAGGUUUACUCGUUCGGCGUGAUCCUUUGGGAGAUGCUGUCGGGCAGGAGGCCCUGGGAAGGAAGCAGUACGGCACAGAUCGCGUUCGCAGUGUGUGUGCUGAAGUCCCGUCUACCCAUGGGCGACCCCAUGACGGAGGAGCGCUGUCCGCAGAAACUUAGAGCGCUGCUGAUGUCGUGCUGGGCGGGGGAGCCGACCCGUCGACCCGCGGCUGCUGAGGUGGUCAAGUCGUUGGUACUGUUGCAGGAGGCACUCGCGCUACAACACCACCACCACCACCAAGAAGAAGGAGACCAUCCUGCCGCCAGCGGCUCCCUUGCUGGCGGCGGCUCUGAAGGCGCCAACGGCGCCCUCACUCCGCUCACACGGAGCUAG